AUGGCUGUGAUUAACCAACCUGCUUCGCAGAUCCGCUUGACCAAUGUCUCGCUCGUGCGAAUGAAGAAAGGUAAGAAGCGGUUCGAGAUUGCAUGUUAUCAAAACAAGGUCCAGGACUACCGUGCUGGAGUGGAAAAAGAUCUUGAUGAGGUUCUACAAAUCCCGCAAGUGUUUAUCAACGUUUCCAAAGGUCAAGUUGCAUCCAACGACGACCUCAAAAAGUCAUUUGGCUCAACUAAUACUGAUGAGAUUAUUCUUGAGAUCUUAAAGAAAGGAGAAAUCCAGUUGAGCGAGAGAGAACGUUCUGCUCAAAACGAAAAGCUCCAUAACGAGAUCCUUACCAUCAUCUCUACCAAGUGCAUCAACCCAAAAACAAAAAAGAGAUAUCCUCCAACCAUGAUCGAUAAAGCUUUGAAGGAACUCAAGUUCAACAUGGUGAAUGCCAAGACCGCAAAAGUGAAGGCUUUGGAGGCAAUCAAGCUGUUAGUAGAAAAACAGAUUAUUCCGAUAGUAAGAGCACAGAUGAAGCUCCGUAUCACACUCAGUAACAAAGAGUACACCAAGAUAGAGAAAACUUUCAAAGAGAAGCUGGUGUCCUCCGUCGAACACGAAGAAAAGAUCGACUCCGAAACAGAACUCGUUUGUUUGGUGGAGCCCGAGUUUUACAAGGAGAUCUCGGAAUCGAUCAAAUCCAAGAAAGGAUCGGUGGAAAUUCUGGAUAUGGCGGUGAUCUCAGAAGGAAAUCAGAAUCUAUGA